AUCUUUAUCAUGGCGGCGACAAUGGUGAAGGACGGGAAUCUCAACUACAGCGAAGAUGAAGAAGAAAACUACUCAGACGACGGAGAUUGGGGAGACUGGAAAGCAGAUGAUGAUGUCGUAGGAGGAGGAGAGGAGGAGGAUGAUGACGGCUCGGAAUCUGAUUUUCUGUGUUUGUUUUGUGAUUCUCACUUCGUCUCCUGUGAUUUACUCUUUGAACACUGUCGUCUGAGCCACGGGUUUGAUUUUCAUGGAAUUAGAAAGGAAUUGAAGCUCGAUUUCUACUCUUCGUUUAAGCUCAUCAACUAUAUUCGCUCACAGGUGGCGGGAACAAAUGUUGGAGUUGGAGGAUUGAAGCUGAUGAUUUCAAAGAUGUUAAAUGAUGAGGAAGAUGAAGAAGACACGUUUGACAGAGAGGAAGUCAUGGAGGAUUUGCGGAAACUUGGGGAUUUAUGCAUUGAUGUUGAGGCUUUAGGGGAAACCUCAAUGUCGAACAAUGAUAAAUGCAAUAUAAAUGGAAGUAAGGAUGUAACUUUGCUCUCAAACUGCAAUGGCCUGAAAGAUGAUUUGAUAGUCAAUGGGAAAGAUGCAGAACCAAAGGUUUGUGAUGGAAGGCUAGUUAAUAGGAACAUCAAAAAGGUGAAUGAAAACUAUUUUGGAUCUUAUAGUUCGUUUGGCAUUCACAAGGAGAUGCUAAGUGAUAAGGUUAGAACAGAAGCAUACCGAGAUGCACUUUUGAAGAAUCCUACUCUCUUGAAUGGCUCUGUUGUAAUGGAUGUUGGUUGUGGAACUGGGAUAUUGAGUCUCUUUGCUGCUAAAGCAGGGGCUUUAAGGGUAGUUGCAGUUGAAGCUAGUGAGAAGAUGGCCAAAGUUGCAACUAAGAUUGCUAAGGAUAACAAAGUUUUCAAUGAUAACGAGCAUAAUGGGGUACUUGAAGUUGCACACUCAAUGGUUGAAGAGCUAGAUAAAUCGAUACAGAUUCAACCUCAUAGUGUUGAUGUGUUAGUCAGCGAAUGGAUGGGAUACUGCCUUUUAUAUGAGUCAAUGCUCAGUUCUGUGCUCUAUGCAAGAGAUCUGUGGUUGAAACCUGGAGGUGCAAUCCUCCCUGAUACGGCCACUAUGUUUGUUGCGGGAUUUGGAAAAGGUGCCACAAGUCUUCCUUUCUGGGAAGAUGUCUAUGGCUUUGACAUGUCUUCAAUUGGUAAGGAGAUUCUUGAAGAUACUGCUCGACUUCCCAUUGUUGACGUUAUAGAGGAGCGUGAUUUAGUGACACAGCCUGCCCUUCUUCAGACAUUUGACCUGGCCACUAUGAAACCGGAUGAAGUAGAUUUCACAGCAACCGCAACGCUGGAGCCCACUGAGUCAGAAGCAAAAACUAGGUUGUGCCAUGGUGUAGUGUUGUGGUUUGACACAGGUUUCACCAGUAGGUUCUGCAAGGAAAACCCAACCGUACUAUCCACAUCACCCUACACUCCCCCAACACACUGGGCUCAGACAGUCCUAACUUUUCAAGAACCAAUCUCAGUGGCACCGGCUUCGCUUCUGCCACAUGAUGACAGAAGAGGAGCCAUUGGAACCAAAGAGUGUCCCGCCUCAAGCAUUCAUCUGCGUGUGAGUGUUGCACGAGCGCAUGAGCAUCGCAGCAUUGACAUCUCGUUAGAGGCUACUGGGUUGAGCUCAAAGGGUCAGAAGCGUCACUGGCCGGUUCAGAUAUUUAAUCUAUGAAUGUGAUUGUAGCCAUUGUAACACUCUUUUCUGUCAAUUUUGCUGAGAAUCUCUUAUUAUAAGCUGCAAGAUUGUUCUAAAUUAAGCCCAUAAUAUCAUUAUUUCUAUGCAUUUAAAAAGUUUUGAGUAAGGUGAGCUUGCUAGAGCAGUAAGUUCUUCUGAAAUCGACAUAAAUUGUUGUCUAGCGGCGUAAAUGUAUAGAGAGCUGGAGAAGGAAAGAAACAGACAAUUGUUCA